ACCUCAAUGAAAUGCACUUUCGUUCAAAUAGAAUAAUCAAUGAAUUAACGAAUAUACACCUUAGACCAAUCUACGAUAUGACAAUUUGGAUAAGCUUGUUUUCUCAAGUUUCUCGUUACCAGCAAUGAUACCCCCAUAACGAUUAGUGUUUGUCAACAAAUCCGUGUUGACUGUAAGAUAGCUUACGAAUGUGUCUCCGUGGCCUGUAUCGGGUACUUUGAAGGAAAGCUUUGUUGUCGCUACCUUUCCAUCCCCUUCUCAAUUUUCGCCGGGUUUCAGAUUACAAUUGCGCGGCUGUGGGGGAGGUCGACGCUCGCUGCAGAGUGAUCGGUACAUAAUUAGACCAUGGAUCAUUCCCCAGUAUCGCGGUUUUCUGCGGAGAGUCUUUCUCCUACAUCUCCUGGAGGUCGGAAUGAAUAUCCUUUCCCAAGGUUUGUUGCGCGAUAUGGAAUGCGCUGAGAAAUUGACAUGCUGAUAUCUAGCAGACCAGGCUCCUCGAGUAGCAGACUUAAUCCUAGGCGCGGGUCGACAGCUAGUUCGAUACACUCGAUAGGAGGGACAUUAGAUACAGUCUCACACUGGCAUGGGUUGAAUGAAUCCGGGCAGAAUGGUAAGUUUUGAGAGUGGGCGGAACAGCUAUGGGUCUAACAUAUGCAAGCUAUAUCUACUUUACUCCAACCACCAAUCGUUCGAACUGGCCUCAUUCCCCAUACUUCUGCUCCCGCAUCGAGCGCACAUAAACCUCCAACGGCUCGAGAUAUACCCCCAGUAACACUCACAAAUAUACCCCGUGUCGAUCCUUCGGAAUUCAAGUCGUAUUUGACCCAAGUAGGAGCUACCUAUGAUGCAUUGCAAAGAGCGAAAGAGAACGAAGAAGAGGGGGGAACCCAGCUAUUACGCAAAGGCAGCAAGGCUGAAGACUUUGCGGAUAUCCUAGACUUCGACCCGCGGACGCCUAAACUUUCUAGGAAAGCCUCUCUGGCUUCGCUUGCAUCCUUGGAGAGUCCACCGGCAUCUGUUCGGAAAAAGUCGAGCAGUGGAAGAAGAGCCCUACAUGCGCCGACUCCCAUUUCUACGGUUCCCAGUGUGUACUUUGAGGAGGACUUUCAUUUGGAAAACCCUCGAACUUUUGAUGUUGUUAGUGAACGCUCAGAGGUCAUCCGGCCAACCUCAAGCUCUACUAAUGAACGCCGAGCAAGUAAUGGCUCUGCAAUCAACCCUAGAAAGGCACUGGCCACGAAUGCUAUACUUCAAGAAAAGUUGUCGUGGUACAUGGACACUAUCGAAGUGCACCUAAUAUCUUCCAUAUCUACUGCCUCAACAUCUUUUUUCGCAGCAUUAGGAUCUUUAAGAGAACUCCAUUCUGAGGCAGCAGUUUCCGUAGAGAGGAUCAAAACGUUGAGAAAGGAAUUGGAAGAUUUAGAUAAAGAAAUGGCCGUGGGUGGAUUAAAGAUUGUAAAUCUGCAAAGAAGGAGAGAGAACUUGAAGCAAUUGAACGAUGCAGUUCAGCAACUGAAACAAGUAGUAGAUGCCGUUACUAGUUGUGAAUCAAUGGUGGAAAAUGGUAAUGUGGAACAAGCAUUGGACGCCAUCGAUGCUUUGGAGAAACUCAUUGCAGGGGAGGAGAUAACGAGCAAACCGGGCCAGCAAAAGAUACAACUCCGAGACUUGAGAGGUGCGACAGCCUUGCAAGGAGUAAAUCAUGAUCUGGAUGUCUUACGUUUCCGGAUUGGCAAAAGUUUUGAAGCCAGAUUUCUGCAAGCCCUUCUCGGUGAUCUUAGACGACAUGUUGAAACAGUGUCUGCCGAAGAUACGCUGCAACGUUGGAGUAAUGCAUCUUCGAGGAAUAGGGGCAAUCAGAGUCGCGAAACAUCUUCACAACAGCCUACAUACCUGACAGUUCCUGAAGAAUUCCGGACAGAAAUAUCGUCGAAUCUGGGCGGCUUGUAUAGAGCAAAAUAUACUUCGGCUGCGACUUCCGCAUUUAGAGAUGGCGUAUUGAGAGAGGUCCGGAACAUUAUCCGGCGCUUUCUUCCUAGUUCUAAUGAUGAUGAUACCGAUUCUAUGAUGUCAGCAUCCACGGUUGGUGGUACUAGGCAAAAGAACCAGCAAGAAAAGUCGAUGAUAUUAGCUCGCAAUCUGCGUUCUUUGGAUCCAGACGAGGCCGAAGAGCUCCUUAAGAAAACUUAUAUUCAGGUUGGCGAGACUCUAAGAAGGCUAGGGACUCAAGUCAAGGUACUUUUAGACGUCACUAGUACUCUGGGGGAUCCUGACACUCCUGGUGGCGUAAAGUCGCCACCACGAAGUCCUGUAAUAGGGUCAAUCAAUGCUAGAAUGAGCCCCAGUCUAAGGGGCAGUUCUGGUAGGGAGUUGCAAGAAGAAAUGCAUCAGACCCUGGACAUGUCUAGUCUUCUUGGACAAGCUGUCGAUAUUGCUCAAGACAAAGUAGUGAAGGUACUGCGGGUGAGGACAGAACAAAGUACCCAUCUCUCGGUCGAAAGGUUUCUGCGAUAUUUCACCUUGAACCUACUUUUCGCAAAUGAAUGCGAAGCCGUGUCGGGUAGAAGUGGUACAUCCCUGAAAAAUGUAGUUAACGGUCAUAUCAAAGACUAUGUUCAACAGCUAGGUGAAUCAGAGCGCCAAAGUCUUGCUACUGGCAUGGAAGCAGAUCCUUGGAAUGCCAAGGAUUUCACUGAUCAAGAUAAAGAAGUCUUGUCUAGGAUACUUUCCGCAAGCACACAAGAUGUCGAGGCAUGGAGUUCCGGCAGCAAAGUGUGGCAGCGUUGUACUGAUUCGCCUCUCGGAACCCAAUCUUACCUCACACCUCCAUCAAACGGCACCCAAAAGAAUGGCACCUCAACACCAAAUUCUACCUCUACACCUACUAAAGCGCAAACACGUUCUGCUGUUAUCGAUGAUCAAUCAUAUAUCCUUCCCAUAUCCGCAAUUCUUUGUCUCCACGGCCUCGCCUCCCUUCUUCAUCUCAAUACUGGCAUUCCAUCCAUGACCUCCGAAAUCGCUGCGUUGAUACUUUCGUACCUCACACUAUUCAAUUCCCGCGUGCAACAACUAAUACUCGGGGCCGGCGCUACCACCACCGCCGGUCUCAAAAAUAUAACUACCAAGCAUCUUGCCCUCGCCGCUCAAGCCACUUCCUUCAUAUCCGUUCUCAUCCCAUACAUUCGCGAAUACGUUCGUCGUAAUGCCGGCACCGGAUCCUCUGUCUCCAUUCUCAUGGGCGAGUUCGACAAGAUCCGCCGCGCAUACCUCGAACAUCAGCAACUGAUUUACGAUAAAUUCCUUAACAUUAUGGCCGGAAGAGCAAGUGCUCAUGUUAAAAGCAUGAAAAUGAUUAAUUGGGAGGAUGAACCGGGGGCCUCUUCUAUCAAUGCGUAUAUGGAGACGAUGACGAAGGAGACGCUUACGUUACAUAAAGUUCUCAACAAGCACCUCCCAGAUAUGACCGUGAACAUGAUCAUGCAACUGGUAUUUAAAAGCUUCAGAGAGCAACUGGGGAAGGCUUUCGGGGAUGUCGUGCUGGGAAGUGAGGAUGCUAAGGCGCGGUAUGUUAUCUUGAUUCUUUUUCUAACUUCUUCAAAAAUACCCAGUAACUAAUGAGAAAAUAGAAUGCUUCGUGAUGCAGAAUACUUUAAGACCCGUGUAGGUGGUCUCGAUGGUGCAAAUGAUGCCGGUGAUUACAUCAUCAAAGUCGUACAGGAUAAGAACGUCCCGAGGGCCACGCCUCCCGCGACCACCCCACCACCAGCAGAAGGAACACAACCGGCUUUGGAAAAUGGGAAUGGGAACGGGAAUGGGAACAACGGGAACGUGAAUGGCACUGGGAAUGGGAACAGCUAACAGCUGAAAGACGUAUUUUUCUUGCAACGAGAAACCUCAUUAUAGAUACCUUGUAAUCCAUCCUUAUGAAAUGCAGAAGCAGUGGGAAAAAGCGAUUAGGGAAAAGAGGAAGGGCGUUGGUAAGAUGGUUGUAGAUAGAUACCUAGAUCUCGUCGGUGCGAGAUGAAUACCAAUGAGGAUGGUGGUUUAUGUAUAUUAGUGAUUAUCGAGGGACGUUCCACCGUGUCUGGGACGGGUUCAAAAUAAGUGAAUAUG